AUGAUGUGCGUCAAAAAACGAGAUUUGAUAACAAUAUUUCGUAUGGGUGAAGAAGCAUCACAAGAUAUCGAUCUAGCUAUAUUAAUUGCUUUACUUCGUAGUACAUGUGUUUCAUCAAUAGAUCAAUUAAAACUUGCUCUAACAUGGAAUAGAGUUGAUAUUGCACGAAAUUAUAUUUUAGCUGGUACUCAUCAAUGGCCGGAACAAGCAUUAGAAGAAAUAAUGAUGACUGCAUUAGCAACUGAUAAAGUUGAUUUUUGUCGAUUACUACUUGAAAAUGGUAUUUAUAUGCAAAAGUUCUUAACAAUUCAUCGAUUAGAAGAAUUAUAUAAUACUCGUGAUGGUCCUCCAAAUACUCUUCAAUAUAUUGCAAAAGAUAUUCGAAAAAUUCGCAAGUCAGCUAUAAUGAGUGCAUAUACAUUACCUGAUAUAGGUUUAAUCUUUGAGAAAUUAAUGGGUCAUGGGUAUCGUUCAAAUUAUACUCGUCGACGUUUUCGUACACGCUAUGCAACUACAUUAAAUCAAUCGUAUGCAUUACGAUCAUUUCAUAAAAAACCAGUUAAUACUGUAGCAAAACCAGUCGAUGAUACAUUUCAAUAUCCAUAUAAUGAAUUACUUAUAUGGGCAGUGCUAACAAAACGACAUCAGAUGGCUUUAUUCUUUUGGGAACGAGGUGAAGAGGCUAUGGCGAAAGCAUUGAUUGCAUAUAAAUUAAAUAAAGCACUAACACAUGAAGCUAAUGAUGAUGAAUUAGAAAUUGAAGUUGCAACUGAAUUGUCUAGUUAUGCAGAACAAUUCCAUCAAUUAGCUCUUGGUGUUCUCGAACAAUGUUAUCGUGAAAAUGCCGAUAAAACAUGUCAAUUAUUAACAUAUGAAUUAAAAAAUUGGUCUGAUUGGACAUGUUUAUCAUUAGCUGUUAUAUCCCAUCAUCAAGAAUUCGUUGCACAUAAGUGUUGUCAAACAAUUUUAAAUGAUUUAUGGAUAGGUGGAAUGUCAAUACGACGUUAUCUUAACUGGAAAGUUAUUGCUUCAAUAUUAUUUUUUCCACUUGUACUUCGUAUUGAAUUUAAAAGUGCUGAAGAAUUAAAACUACAACCAAAAACACAUGAAGAACAUUUAGCAACACAAAAUCAAAGUGAUCCAGAUGAAGACGAUGAUGAUGAUGAUUACAAUAGUGAUGAUUAUAAUUCAGGAACAUUAUCAAAUGAUUAUACACAUUGUCGUUUAUCCGAUGAAAAUGAUUUAAGAAAAACUUCAAUAAUUAAUAACGAUGUAUCAGUUGAUUUUGUUCUUGAAAAUAAAAAUGUUGAUAAUCAAUCAAUUGAAAUGGUAACAUUUAAUAGAUCAUCGACAAAUUUAAAACAAACUUUAUCAACACCAACACAUCAAACAGAUGAUAUAAUUGAUAUUAAUACUGAAACAUCGAAAAAAACGGAUGAAUUAACUAUUUUAAAUGAAAGUAUACAUAUAAGUAUUCCAUUAUCAUCAUCACUUUCAAUAACACAACGUUUUUAUGAAUUUUAUAAUGCACCAAUAACUAAAUUUUGGUAUAAUGCGAUAUUUUAUCUUCUUUUUCUUUUUCUUUUUACUUAUAUGGUACUUGUACGUACACCCUUAAGACCAAGUAUUGCAGAAUAUAUUGUAACUAUUUAUUUGGCAACAUCAGCAAUCGAUACAGCUCGAGAAAUAUGUACAAGUUCUUCACCACGUUUUCGACGUAGAUUAAUAUUGUAUUUCUCUGAUUUUGUUCAUAUAUGCGAUUCAUUAGCAAUACUAGUCUAUGGUAUUGGAUUUCUUCUUCGAUUUCGUUCAAGCACUCUAUAUAUCGCACGUUUAUUAUAUUGUCUUGAUGUAUCUUAUUGGUGGAUACAUUUAUUAACAUAUAUAUCUGUACAUAAAUCAGUUGGUCCAUAUAUUCAUAUAGCUGCACAAAAUUUGAUUGAUUUAUUUAAUUUUAUAAUUAUUAUACUUGUUGUAAUGGUAUCAUUUGGAGUAUCUCGUCAAGCAAUUAAAUAUCCAAAUGAAUUAUGGUCAUGGCGAUCAGUUAAAGAAAUAUUUCUUGAACCUUAUUUUAUGAUUUAUGGUGAAGUUUAUGCUGGUUCAAUUGAUCCACCAUGUCUUGAAAGUGAACCAGAUGCUCCCCAAUGUAUGCCAUUUCAUUGGGUAACACCAAUAACUAUGACAGCAUAUCUUAUAUUUUGUAAUAUAUUAUUACUUUCAAUACUUAUUGCAACAUUUAAUAAUACUUAUAUACGUAUAUCAAAAUCAUCGGAUCAAGUAUGGAAAUAUCAUCGUUAUUAUAUUGUACUUAAAUAUGAAUCCAAACCAAUGUUACCACCACCAUUAAUAUUUAUUUCUCAUAUAUAUUUAUUAGUAAAACUUUUUUUACGAUAUUGUCGUGGAAAAAAAUUCAAAGUUGAUCAUGGAUUAAAAUUAUUUUUAAGUGAAAAAGAAGUUGCUGAAAUCAAUGAUUUUGAAGAAGAACAAAUUGAUGAAUAUUUUGUAAUGAAAGAUCGAGAAAAAAAGAAUACAACUGCCGAACAAAUUGCUCGUACAUCUGAACGUGUUGAUGGAACAGUUUUGCGUGUUGAUGAUAUUUAUCAACGUGAAACUCAAAAUCGUAUUAUACUUCAAAAUCUUGAUUGGCGUUUACAACAUUUAGAAGAUCUUAAUAUGAAUAUGUAUAAUAUUAUGGAAAGAUUACUUUUAACACGAAUGUCUGAUGAACAAGAUUCAUCAUCAUAUUAUUUUCAUCAUCCAUCAUCUGUAAUUAAUAAUAAUAAUAGACAACGACGACAUUCAUCCAUAACAGGAUAUGAAUUAAAAGAUUUUAAAAAGAAAAUAAUACCUAAAUCAACAACAAUGACACCUCAAUUAUCAUUAGCAAAAACUCGUUCACCCACAGCUGAUAAUAUAUCAUUAUCAAAACAAUCGAAUGAACUCAAAAGACGUUCAACAAUUCAUCGAUUAAGUUCGUUAACAUCGCAUGAUUCAAAUAUAGCACAUGUGCAAACUAAUGAAUAUACUUCAAUAACAGAUAUUAUUAAUACAAAUCAAUCAGAAUGGCAACCAACAAGUCCAAUACUUCUUCGUUCUUCAGCAAAUCGUCCCAAUCCAAUGACAUUAUACGAAUCAGCAAAAGAAGAUAUUGCUGGUUAUGAUGCUGAAGAACAAACACAUAAUUUAAUUGGUGAACUUAUACGAAAACGUAGUCAAAAAUCAUCAAAAAAUCAAUUAAAUAUUAUAACAGAAUCUUAUUGUGAUAGUGAUCGUAUAUCUCUUUUUUCAAUGGAUAUAAAUGCUAGUUCAUCAAAUCUCAAUUUAGAACAAACAGAUGCAAAAAACUAA